CUUCAGGCCCCCGGCUCACACACUUCGUACAUACAUAACGUUAUAUCUUUGACACAACACGAUCUCAAUGAGAUAAUGAUAUUCUCCUUUUUGCCCUCCAUCACUUAAGCCUCUCAAGCCCCCCACCUACAAACACCUUCAUUCCUGUCAUGGGCGUCCUCCUUCUCCUCAGUCUGCUACGCCGUCUGCGCAACAAUAAUGACGACUACCAACAGGACUACGAGCAAGAACUGCGUCGCGAAUACCGCCGCCAAUGCAAGCGUCAGCGCCGUUGGAAUCGCCGCCACCCGCACUGCCCCGCUCCGGUGCCUGCUCCUGUUACAGCUGUGCCGGUCGUCCUUCAGCCAGCGGCGCAGCAGUCUACAGUGACGUCAAUGCAGCAGCCCCAAGUUGCGCAGCCAGCGUACCUUGUCGACCCAACCACUCGAAAGAUGCUGACACCGACGAAGGACAUUUCAGUGUAAGCAGAUCGACCGAACAGCUGAGCAGUACGCGGUUGAGAACGAAUCAUCCGUCGUGAAAAAUUAGCAGCUUCAUAGCCGAUCAACUCAGGUUGAGUGAAAGAAACCCAAUCCGCACGUAUAAGAUCGCACUAUUCCAUUACUUGUUGAACGCACAAACAAACAGCUACGUGCUAACUACUACUAGUAAUAAACUUUUUUUGGCGAGAAGACGUAUUUACUCUCGUUGCGGUGAUGCCAUUCACGUUGAUGUGGCCUGUGCUGGU